AUGGAAACAGAGAGUGAAAAUGGACCUCUAUACUUUGAUCUUAACACCGGAGCGAAGAUGCCGUCUGUCGGCCUCGGAACGUGGAAAGCCCCUCCUGGUGUCGUCGGUGAAGCUGUCAUCACCGCCGUCAAGGCUGGUUACAGGCAUGUCGAUUGCGCGCGAGCAUAUGAUAACGAGAAGGAGAUAGGAUUGGCUCUGAAGGGACUAUUUUCCUCCGGGGUAGUGAAACGAAACGAGAUUUGGAUCACAUCUAAACUAUGGUGCAGCGACCAUGCACCCGAGGAUGUCUCGAAAGCACUGAGCAGGAGCUUGGAAGACUUGCAGCUUGAUUAUAUUGAUCUGUAUUUGAUACAUUGGCCAUUUCGGACAAAGCCUGGGUCACGCGGUUGGGAUCCUGAAGUUAUGGCUCCUCUGUGCCUUCCAGAGACCUGGGCUGCAAUGGAGGGAUUGUACGCGUCCGGUCAAGCACGUGCCAUUGGCGUGAGUAACUUCUCGAGGAAGAAGCUGCAAGACUUGCUCGCUUAUGCAAAAGUACCCCCUGCCGUGAACCAGGUCGAAUGCCACCCUGUCUGGCAGCAACCGGCACUCCACAACUUGUGCAACUCAACCAGCAUUCAUCUCUCGGCAUACUCCCCUUUAGGUUCUCCAGGGUCAUGGGUGAAAGGUGAAAUCUUGAAGGACCCAACGUUGGUUGAGAUUGCAGACAAACUCAACAAGUCACCUGCACAAGUAGCCCUGAGGUGGGGCAUUCAAAGUGGUCACAGUGUUCUCCCAAAGAGUGUUAAUGAGUUUAGGAUCAAGGAGAAUUUCAGUUUAUUUGACUGGUGCAUCCCUCCAGAGCUCUUCUCAAAACUAUCUGGCAUCCACCAGCAAAGGCUUCUCCGAGGGGAUUUCGCUGUCCAUGAAAGCCGAAGCCCUUACAAAAGCCUCCAAGAGCUGUGGGACGGCGAAAUUUGAGAUGAAAAGACAACGCGUCAUUUUUCGCUUAUUCUGAGAGAUAGAUCAAGUUCAGGCGAUUUUCGGGCUUUAUAGUUUGAGUUCUUCGCGAGAAUGCCUUCCGUGCAUUCUAUUUUUCUUAAUCUCUUUUUUGUUUUUCCUUUUU